AACAUUUAGUCAGUGCUAAUUAAUUCAUCGCAAGGCUAAGAUCGUUCAUAAUCUCUGCUUGAAUUAUGUUCGUUUGGUUUGAUUGAUUAAAUAUCAAAAAAAAGUAUAUUUAUUUAUUUUUUUACUUUCAAUAUUUAUAAAAAGUUUGUUGUGAGAAAAAAUAAAACCAUAUACACAAAAUGAUCACCACUAAAAUCUUUAGCUUAAUAUUUAUGGCGCUCCUCACUGUAUCAUAUACAGAUGCAGCGAGAAUAUUAGCAGCUUUUGUAUUCCAAGCCAAAAGCCAUUACAUGAUGCACAAUGCCCUUAUAAAGGAGCUUAUUAAUAGAGGUCACGAAGUGACCUUCAUCACAAGUAAUUCAAUGAACAAGAACCUAGGAGAGAAUUACACAGAAAUUCUUAUAGAUCCGGUUUAUAAUUAUGAGCCUGAUAUAAGAAAUCAUUUUAAGACAAAAGGCAAUUUAGACUUUACCAAUUUCUCAUUGGUUGAUUUUUUGAAGAUGCUUGACAUUAUGGGAGUUAAAACAACUGAACACGCCCUCAAACAUCCAAAAGUUCGUGAUAUAUUCCAUCGGAAUGAAACUCACGAUGUUUAUGAUCUCUUGAUUGUUGAGCAAUUCUAUCAGGAAGCUUUUCUAGCUUUGAGCUAUAAAUAUAAUAUACCUGUGAUAUCCUCAAAUACUUUGGGUUACGAGAAUCACAUGAGUCAAAUGAUGGGACUCAUGACACCAUGGUCCUAUGUUCCACAUGGAUUUUUGCCUUUUGACGAUAAGAUGAACUAUUGGGAGAGACUCAAGAAUACUGUUGCCUCAUUGUACACUGACUUGUACAGGGAGUUUGUGUAUUUCCCGAGACAAGAUGCUCUGAUCAAGAAGUAUCUCUCACAUUUGCCUGUAAAAAUUCCAAAAGUAACAGAAAUGGAGAAAAAUAUAUCACUCAUGCUAUUAAACAGCUACGUUCCACUCACAAAACCAAGACCAUCAAUGUUGGGAAUGAUCCCAGUUGGUGGCAUGCACAUUUAUCCAGCUAAUCCACUGCCAGCCGAUAUCAAACAAUUCCUUGAUGGAGCUACUCAUGGCGCCAUCUACUUUAGUUUAGGAAGUCAAGUCAAAACACAAAACAUGCCUCCAGAGAAGCUUAAAGCCUUCCUUGAUGUGUUCGCAAGCAUGAAACAGAGGGUUCUUUGGAAAUUCGAAGACGAUAAAAUUCCAAAACUGCCAAAGAAUGUGAUGAUCAGGAAAUGGAUGCCACAGACUGAUAUUCUAGCUCAUCCCAAUGUCAAGGUCUUCAUCACUCACGGAGGACUUUUUGGCGUCCAAGAAAGUGUCUAUCAUGCAGUGCCUAUGUUGGGAAUUCCUGCAUAUGGUGACCAGUUCCUCAACAUGAAGAAAGCAACAAACUCAGGCUAUGCCAAGACUCUCAACUUCCAAGACAUCACCAAAGAAUCACUCAAAGAGUCCCUGACGGAACUCCUUGAAAAUCCAUCGUUCAAAAAGAAUGUCCAACUAACAUCUCGAAUCUUCCGCGAUCGUCCUGAAUGUCCUCGGGAAACUGCCAUGUACUGGGUGGACUAUGUCAUUCGUUACAAGGGAGCACCUCACAUUCGGUCGGCAGGCCUUGAUUUGGCUUGGUACGAAUUCUAUUUGUUGGAUGUAAUUGCUACAUUAGUGGCAGGAGUUGCGAUAUGUGUGACAUUCAUGUUCUUUGCGAUACAAUAUCUCAUCGGAAAAACAAGAAUUAAAGUGAAAAUGAGUUAGAAUGUCAAGUGAAUGUUGUGAGAGGCUUAAGAUUAUAUCAGUAGAGUAUAGAAUUGCUAGUAUUAAGAGAUUAUAGAUCGAAUUAGUUGAUAGUUUCGCGUGAAUAGUGCAAAAUGUAAGAAAAAUAAAACUUAAUAAUUAUUUAUAUACAUAAAGAAA